AUGAGUUUUCAAUGGAGCUUUCUUGCAACAUUUCUCUAUAGUGAAAUAGUUGCUGUCAUUAUUCUACUUUUGCCAUUUAUUUCACCAGUUCGUUGGCAAACACUUUUUAAGUCAAGACUUGCUAAAGCUUUUACAGCUGGAGCCGGAUAUUAUUUUAAUUUUAUCAUAUGCGUUUUUGCUUUACUUUUUCUUGAUUCAAUUCGUGAACUUCGUAAAUAUGCAAGUCUUGGAGUUAAGGAUUUAUCAACGCCACAUGCCGAAUCUCUUGCACAUAUGAAAGAAUUUCGUUCACAAAGAAAUUUCUACAUAGCUGGUUUUGCUCUUUUUCUUUGGUUUGUUGUUCGACGUUUAAUUAAUCUAUUAUCAACAUGUGCUCGCCAAAUGGCUGAUUCCACUGCCGCACUGAAACAAGCGGAAGGUGCACAACGUCAUUUCGAAGGACUUAAAGCCAAUGAUCCAAAAAAAAUUGAUUCACAAGAAAGUGAAGCAUCGACAGGAAAUGCAUCAAAUUCUGUUGAAUUAAAAAAACGUGAAGCUGAAGUUGAAAAAUAUAAACGAGAAGCAAUUCAAGCCAAGGAAGAUUUGCAAACACUACGUGAACGAUAUAACAAUUCUAUAGAAGAAUAUGAUAAACUCAAAACAGAACAUCGACAAGCACAAAUUCAACUAGCGAUGAAAUCUGAUAGUGAUUCAUCAAAAGACAAAUAA